CUAAAAUCAAGCUGGUAAUAAAGGUGGCGCACCAGACCUGGUACUCUCAUGGCUUCUGGGGUCGCAGCAUGGCUGCCCUUUGCAAGGGCAGCUGCCAUCGGGUGGAUGCCAGUGGCCAAUUGUCCUAUGCCACUAGCACCAGCUGACAAAAACAAAAAGCAAGAUGAGCUAAUUAUUCUCAACGUUAGUGGGCGCCGAUUCCAGACUUGGCGAACUACCUUGGAAAGAUACCCAGAUACCCUACUUGGAAGCACAGAGAAGGACUUCUUCUUUAAUGAAGAGGCUAAGGAGUACUUUUUUGAUCGUGAUCCUGAAGUGUUCAGGUGUAUUUUAAAUUUUUACAGGACUGGCAAGCUCCACUACCCUAGAUAUGAAUGCAUCUCUGCCUAUGAUGAAGAACUGUCUUUCUAUGGGAUAUUACCUGAAAUCAUAGGUGACUGUUGCUAUGAAGAAUAUAAAGACAGAAAAAGAGAAAAUGCUGAGAGGCUACAGGAUGACAUUGAAUUUGAGAAAAGCAAAGAAGCCAUGCCCUCCCUAAACGCACGCCAGACUAUGUGGCGAGCCUUUGAAAACCCCCACACCAGCACUUUAGCCUUAGUCUUCUACUAUGUGACUGGCUUCUUUAUUGCAGUGUCUGUGAUCACCAAUGUGGUGGAGACUGUUCCUUGUGGCACUGUGCCUGGAAAUAAGGAGCUUCCUUGUGGUGAAAGGUUUCAUGUAGCCUUCUUUUGCCUGGACACUGCCUGUGUCAUGAUUUUCACAGUUGAGUACCUCUUGAGAUUUUUUGCAGCCCCAAGUCGCUACAGGUUCAUGAGAAGUGUCAUGAGUAUCAUUGAUGUAGUAGCCAUCAUGCCAUACUACAUAGGCUUGGUGAUGACCAACAAUGAGGAUGUGAGUGGCGCCUUUGUCACCCUGCGGGUUUUCCGGGUCUUCAGGAUUUUCAAAUUCUCACGCCAUUCACAGGGUUUGCGGAUUCUUGGGUAUACCCUGAAGAGCUGUGCCUCUGAACUGGGAUUUCUCCUUUUCUCACUGACAAUGGCAAUCAUUAUCUUUGCCACUGUGAUGUUUUAUGCUGAAAAAGGUUCAUCAUCCAGCAAGUUCACUAGCAUUCCUGCUUCAUUUUGGUAUACUAUUGUUACCAUGACAACUCUUGGGUAUGGAGACAUGGUUCCAAAGACUAUAGCUGGAAAAAUCUUUGGCUCUAUCUGCUCAUUGAGUGGGGUCUUAGUGAUUGCCCUUCCAGUGCCUGUCAUCGUGUCAAAUUUCAGCCGGAUUUAUCACCAAAAUCAGAGGACUGACAAGAGGAGAGCGCAAAAGAAAGCCAGGCUUGCAAGAAUUAAAGUGGCCAAGACAGGAAGUUCAUCUGCGUACAUGCACAGCAAAAGGAAUGGCUUGCUCAACGAGGCACUGGAACUUGGGUGCUCAACUGCAGACGAGCCACACAUUGCAAAACCAGAAUCGCUGAUAGAAAGUCAACACCACCACCUGCUGCACUGUCUGGAAAAGACAACUGGAUUGUCCUAUCUUGUGGAUGAUUCCCUGUUAUCUGUACAGACUUCCACUAUGAAGAAUCACGAAUUCAUGGAUGAACAGAUGUUUGAACAGAACUGCAGGGAGGGAUCCAUGCAGAAUUACCCAUCCAGCCGUAGCCCAUCAUUGUCCAGUCAUCACGGACUUACUACAUCCUGCUGCUCUCGACGGAACAAGAAGACAACGCACCUCCCCAAUUCCAAUGUGCCCGCCACAAGGCUACGUAGCAUGCAGGAGCUCAGCACUAUUCACAUACAAUGUGGUGAUCAACCAUCGCUAACUACAAGUCGGUCAAGCCUGAAUCUGAAGUCCGAUGAUGGCUCAAGAUCAAACUGCAAAGCUGCACAGAUCACAACAGCGAUUAUUAGCAUCCCUACUUCCCCAGCUUUGACACCUGAAGGCGAGAAUCGACCUGCAAGCCAACUUGGACAUAGCACAAACAUUCACUGUACAAGCAAUGUUGUGAAAGUUUCUGCGCUAUAAGACAUUAGCGUAGCAAACCAAGGCUACCAUGCGUACCCUUUUUUGCUGCAACAUUGUGGAAUCAGCAGUGAAGAAGUGACAAGCUUUUGCUAAACUUGCCAUUUACCACCAUGGAGAGGAAACAAGAGCACUGGAUAUAUACAUAAAUGCCUAUACUCACUCAUAUGGGCAUUAUGUAUAUUUUGGAUGCUGGCUGCUAGGAAGUUUCAUGGCAAGCAGAGGAGUUCACACAAAAGCAAAAUUGACAACACUGUGUCUAAACACCUUUUUUUAAGGUUUUCAGUGGAUAAUAUUUAUUCAUGAAGAAACGAUGAAACAUUAAAAAAAACAUAAGAGAGUGAUAAUAUGUUUUUGAAGGUUGUAAAAGGGGAACAGGGAAAAAAAUGCAAUAUUCUUAUUUGUAAAAGAAUUUGCAAGCAACCAAAACAACACAAUAUUCUGUGUUUCUGAAAAAGAUCGGACAAAGGGGCUGGGUGGGGUUUGGGGAAUCAAAGAAAAAUCUAUUUUCCUGCAUUGUUGUGUGAGAGUGGACUUUUGAACUGUUCAGAGAACAAAAUAGCUCCUAGCACAUUACGGAUUGGGCACAUCAUAGAGGUGAGCACAGACAUUUACAAGUAAUUACAUCUUCCCUUGCCGGUGUUCUUAUAAUUCUUAGACAAUUUUGUAUUAGCCUUCUAAGUCGAAGCAGUGCAGACUGUGAUGUUGUCAGGUAUAAUAAUGUCUGUGAAUAAAAAGCAUAUUUGUGAAGCAUUUGAAAAGGGGAAAAAAAUAGAAAAAAAAUAUAUAAAUUGCUUUAAUAGCAUUUAGUUUAUACACUACCACUCAUUUCUGCUUUAUAGUUUAUGCCACUUCUUAAGCAGAAUGCAGGGUCUGUAUUAAAAAAAAAAGAAAU